AUGUACAUAACUUUGAACAUGAAUUACUACGCUAGCUGUGAAUGGUUUCCUUCCACCGAUCAUACUACUGCUCAUGAUUCUCAACCUCUUCAGCAGAAUUUAGUCCACCAACCGCCGAUCCAGUUUUGGGAGCAAACGGUGUCUCCACUCGGUUAUCAUUCCACCCUUGAAAGUUCCAAUAAUAUCGAUUUUGAAAUAAUCAAUGACCGUACCCGCCAGUCCUUAUCACAUCCCGUUUCAAGCAUAAGUGAUCGAGAUGCAAGCGCUCGAUUCCUGCAAACAAUUCAGCCACCCCAGAUGGAGAAGAAUGGUUACAUGGAGAACCGUCUAUCAGAUAAAGAAGAAAAUUUCCUCAGAGAGGACGAUGACGACAUGAAACUGUCACCCGGGGCAAUGGGUGCUCAACCACCUCGUAAAACCACUAACAACCAUCAGCAGUCCCUGCGUUCUACCUCUAAACGAAAACCCCGCAUUCUCUUCUCACAAACACAAGUUUAUGAGCUGGAGAAGAGAUUCAAUCAACAGCGUUACCUCUCGGCUCCUGAUCGCGAACAGCUAGCUCUCCAACUGAAAAUGUCAUCCCAGCAAGUCAAAAUUUGGUUUCAAAAUCGUCGAUACAAAUUAAAACGUCAGUUGCAAGAAAACGGCUUGGACGCUUCCAUGAUACAGCCUUAUCUUACUCCUCCGUCGUACAAAGAAUACGAAAAUUCGCUUCGAGGCUCUGAGGAGGCUUAUGAAGUGGAUUCAACUGGAAAUGGUCAUAUUUCCACAGCAGAACACCCUCAAAUGCAACCGUACCCACAAAUGAGUCAAGAGCCUUGGUACUGUCCUCAAAAGUCUAGGACUCCAUGGGCGUCGUCAGGAUUUGAUACUACUUCCACGUGGUCGAACUCAUUCUACGGGAGACAGUCGAUUCAAGAAAACCCAUCAGUGAUGCAGCACAAUGGUGCAUUCUACGAACAAGAGCUCGCAUCUUCAGGAACCAGUAGUAUAUCACCUGGUCUCGUCACUACCGGUCUAUCCUAUCAAGACGGUGGUUUAAGUUGUGAAGGCUGCGCUUAA